CCGGCUCCAGCUCGCUCCCUGCCCACUCCCGGGGGGACGUUCUGUUCCGCGGCCGCUGCGGCCGCCGCUUCUUUCACACUUGAGUUGGGAGCCGCGCGCCGCGCUCAGUUACUGGCGAGCUGGCCGCGCGCCGCCGCCUCCCGCACGCACGCACGCACGCGGGCCGGGCUUCGGGGGCUUAGGCUCUUACUCCCGGCAGCUGGGAGGAGGGGGAGACCCCGUCUGACUGUGGGGAGGAGGAGGAAGAGGAGGAGGAGGAGGAGGAGGGAGGAAGAAAACAGGCGAGGAGCACCCGGGCGGGGGGCGGGAGGCUUGCCACCUUCAGCCCCCCCGCGAGCGCCCAAGGUGCACACAUCUUGACCGACUCAGCAAGCAGGUGGAUUUUCUUUGUGUCUAAAGAAAAAGAAAAUGUCCCUGUGUCUGUAGAGAUGAUUUGCAGUUCAGCCCGGCUGAAGCUGACCGAAUGAGACUAUGGGCUGUGCCUCCGCCAAGCAUGUUGCCACUGUUCAAAAUGAAGAGGAAGCCCAGAAAGGGAAGAACUACCAGAACGGAGAUGUGUUUGGUGAUGAGUAUAGGAUCAAACCGGUGGAAGAGGUCAAAUACAUGAAAAAUGGGGCAGAAGAGGAGCAGAAAAUAGCAGCCAGGAACCAAGAAAACUUGGAAAAAAGUGCCAGUUCAAAUGUCAGACUUAAAACCAAUAAAGAGAUUCCGGGAUUAGUUCAUCAACCCAGAGCAAACAUGCACAUCUCUGAAAGCCAACAAGAAUUCUUCAGAAUGCUGGAUGAAAAAAUCGAGAAGGGUCGAGAUUACUGUUCCGAAGAAGAGGAUAUCACAUAGCACCAAUUCUACCACUUAAACCGGGAGCUACUACUGUGUAAAUAGGUUACACCCCAGUUGAAAUCUUUGCAAAGGUCGGUUCUCUUCAGCGAACAGCACUAUAGCAAAAGAAGAUCGUUUCAUAUCGUAUGCCCCAUUAAAUUACAGUGUUUCUUAAUGAACUUGCAAAGGAAUAUUGCUAAAAAAAAAAACAAAAAACAAAAAACUGUUCUCGAACUUUCUUUGUUGCUGCUAGUUAAAACUUGUUGCAACUUUUCACUUCUCUCAAUGUCCAGGUCUGCAGCAAAACUCUGCAGUUUCACCUUAAAGAUACUGUUGGUUUUACAGAUGCUCUCCAGCCUAUUUUCUAUAAGAGGAGGUAGUGGGGAACUCAGAUAUCCAGCUUCUGUUCUAGACCAGUUCCACUCCCAACACAAGCGCCUCUUCCCCUCUCUCCUUCCUCCCUGCCUCCCCUGAGCAGCCCAAAGCCUUGCUUCUCCCUGGCAGUGUCGCGCUUUGGAGAUGGGAUGGUUGCUAUGGCAAAGCCUUGUUUCUCUGCUAAGAAGAAAUAGAGACGCUAUUAUCGAUUAAAAGCAUGUGGUGACAUGACUCCCGGAGGUGACACAGGAGCGAGCGGCAGGUUGUUUCAUGUCCUGGGUCUCCUACUCAAAGGUCACGCUUGCAACAUCAGUUUUGCUCAGAUGCAGAUGGAAGUGUGACCACAAUCAUUUCGAAUCCUUCUUGCCCACUUUUUUUUUCCUAAGGAAAUAAACAUUGUACUGUUUUUAUGCA